AUGUUUAAAUUGGUCUGCCAGUAUGGUAAAGGAGAAAAUACAUAUUCAGUUGAAGACCUUGUUGAUUUAACAGUGACUUGUCCAGAAGAAUUAAAACAAAUUGUUAUUAGGGAUUUAAGAAAUAUUAUAUUCAUUGAAGCGCGUAAACUUUAUAUGUGUGGAUCAACAAAUGGUCGUACCUGUGAUGGCAAAGGCAAGUGCGGUACAUAA